AUGAAUGUCGUUCGGCUUCUCCUGGCCCUGAUCGCUCAAACCGCGGCUCAAGGUUCUCAGCUAAACUGCGCGGGCUACGAUAUAUCGGUCCAGCCCAGGAGUCCUUCUUUCGGGGGAGUUUCUGGCUUUUACUCGAUCGCCAAAGGCAUUUCGGACGGUCUGCAGACUUCGCUCAGCGAUAAAACCUUGAAAGUGAGCCUAGAAGAGAAGCUCGGCAGUGUACAUUUUUUUGCCAGGACAUCAACUCUCUCGUUUUCGGAGAUGACACCACAACUGUCACCACAGGCCAAGUUAUUACCGACGUCGUGAAAAGUCAGGUGGGAAAAGUCUUGUCUAUCCUCUUGAAAGAAUAAAUUUCAUGUUAACACUUGAAACUUUUUCAACUUCUUUUUAUCAAAAUCCGGAAAACUGCAAAAAAUAUAUCUUCUCGAAAGCCGCUUCUUCAAAAAUUUCUUGAGAAACUAGAACCUUGAAGCAUCAGUUCUGAAAAGAGGAGGAGAUUGAAACUUUCAAAAAUCUCAUUUAGAAUAUCUGAUAAUGUUUUUAUUCUUUAAGAGAUAAUUUAAAUUCUGAGCACAAGGAUCGCAAUUAGAAGUUUAACUUCCAAAAAUUCCUAGUUCUAACUCUAAAAAACUUGCACUAAAAAUUUGUUGCUUUUGAAUUUCUUUUUUUUUGCAAUCCUGUCUUCAAAAGAUGAGAAAGAAGUUCUGUAAGUCGAUUGCAUUCCACAAGCUUCUAGUUUAUCAUCAAAGGAAAAGGCGUUGGCCUCUUUAUCACGGAACAGUUUAUCAUCAAGACGUAGAUUCUGAAAGUAGUAUCACCGUGUGUUCAAAUGUCGUCAUAAUAUACAAACAAGGCAUACGUUUUUUUCAAAGAUUCUUCAAGAGAAAAAAAGCAAAAAGAUUUGAAAAUUCUUCACUUCAAAGUUUUUAAGACUAUUAUCCAAAAAAAUUAAAAAAACUAACAAGUCUGAAUAAAGUGGUAAUUUUUUUCGGUUGAAAGAAAUUCAUACUUUUUGCAAAAAAAUUUGACUUUUUCGGUGCUUAUAAAUUGCUUGAAUGUGAUGUAGUAGUGCUGGAAAAAAAAAUCUAAAGCAAAAUCGUCAAGGCAGGAGCGAUCGUUUUCUGGAGCAUCGGAUUCGUUAUUAUUCUAGCGGCACUGAUUUUUGGAUUUACGACGUGCUGUUGUCAGUUGUGCUGUGGGUCCAAAAAUGAAGAAGAUGUAAGGUUUUUUGAUUUUUCUCUCAAGUCUCAUUGCAAUAGCAGGAAACACGGUCAAAACUUCUCGGCGGUAUUUAUGUGUUUCUGCUGGUUGCUGCCUUCGCUUUCAUCAUUACCGGCAUCAUUAUUUUUAACAUUUCUGCUACCAAUCUCUAUUCUGCCAUCGACAAUGAGCCCACGUUCUCCAAUGCAAUCCAAAACGGUAGUCCUUCCCCAAAUUCCUUCGAAGCUAGUAAUUUCAGAUCUCAAUCGGACUCUAAUCAACGGAACGAUGCAGAUGACGUGCACUGUCAACCAGACGACGACCUUGACUUUCAACAACAUCGAAAACAUUCUGAGUACCUACUCGACAGUGAUGUUCGCCAACGUCUCAGAUCAAGUUGGUCUCACGAAACUCAACCAAGUUAGUUUUUAUUAUACUUUCCCGGAAGUUAAUUUAUUUUUUGAAAGGAUAACCUUACCGUUAUCUCACAACAAAUAGAUUCAACAGUUGAUGCUGGAACAACGUUCAUAACUGAUGCCAACCAAUUUUUGAACGCGGGAGGGGCCAAAAACUGUCACGACCAAGUCAAGAAGCUCCUCGACAUUGUGCAGCAAAACCAAGUGGCCUUGACAGCUGCUCAGAAGGUGACUUUCAUCCAUUUAGCUUUGAUUCCGCAGUUCCGCUCUUUUCAGCAGUUCAAAAAUGUAGCGAACCCGCUUGAAAUUUCGCUACAGAACAUCAACAAAAACAUAGCUGCGACUCAAAAUCAGGUUUUAGCAAGUCUAAGAAUCGGAAAAAUAGCUUUUUGCAGGUUCAACAGCAAAUCGACAGCUCCAUCGUCCAGAUGAACAGUGCACAGGCAGACAUCGCAUCUUCCAUGGACAACGUUCAGUCUGCCGUCAACCAGACCAUUCAGGAGAUCCAGUCUGUAGUCAACGCCCUCAACUCUGCUCAGAGAGACACCGUCACUGUCAGUAGAUUCAACCUUUGACAGAAUGAUGAUAUAAUCUGCGAGAAUAACCAUUUUUAAGAGAUUAUUUUCAGUGGAACGGCUACGGAGUGGUUCAGAACUCGGUGCGAGCCGCGAUGACGACACCGAGUGCGAUCGCGUUGUUCUUCGCCUUCUUGGGCGUCGUCUGCGUCCUCGUAGGACUACUUCUGCCUUCCUACUCGGACUCGAGUCGAGGUGUCGCCUCUGUCGUCACUCUCGUAGGAUUCUACGCCGUCGUCUUCCUCACCGUCAUAGCUAUGGCCGUAGCAAGGUGCUCCCAAAAUCGAAAAAGAUUGAGAGCGUAGACAAAAAUUGAUCAAAGUUUGCAAGCUUCAUAGCAACUGUAUCGCAGAAAUUCCGCGCCGAGUCAUUCGAAAAGCGGGAAAUGCUUUCAAACCAGAACAAAUCGAAUCAAAUAUCGACACUAAUCAACACCUCUGCCUUCUUUCCAAAGUUAUUCAAAGCUUGAUAAGGAAGAUUUGAAAUGAGAUAAUGUGAUGAACCACUCAUAUUUCUGCUAUGUUUUCUAUUUUUUGUCUGAGAAAAGAUUACUGAAACAUAUACUGAAAUGGAGCAAAAAGAAACGGACUUCAGCUCGUCGUUUGUGCUCGGCUGGGGUCUUUCGGCGGUUUGUGAGCCGGUGUUCCAGGACCCGUCGUUCCGUUUUUUCAACGUCAUCGGCAAAAACAUCACCAUUACUGGCUUCAAUGGAGCGCCACCUGUUUUCGUCAACAUAUCGUGAUUUUUCAAAACAUUUAGAAAAAAAAUUCACUGAAUAAUAUCAUCUGUUGUUGGGAAACAAAUUUGGACCUUCCGUCUAUUUAAAAAAAAUUUCAAUGCAUUUUCAUGAGAAAAAUACUAUUAUUUUUUCUCUUCACAACGUGGUUUGGUUUUUUCAUAGUCAAUUCUUCCUGUCUUGAAAAGCGAAAUGCGUAGUUUGGCAUAAGUAAAGUGUUGCGUGGGCGACGCGACUUUUGGCGGGCAACUCGAUUUCAAACGCGACUCGCUAUUUUCCUUUUUUUUUCAAAAAAAUUGGUGACUAAUUCUUGACUCACCUCACUUUCAAAAAUCAGAAGUUGCUACGUUUCAGUGAUAUUUUCAUCGGUUGCCGAAACAACCAGACUCUCUUUGAAACAAUCGAUGGCCAGGCACUUCUAUCCAGUGUGUACUUCUAUCUAAUUCAGGAAUCAAAUUUGCUUAUGUUCCAGCACAGCUUAUCGACCAGCAGCUGAAUCUGACACAAUACCAAGAGCAGGUCGACCAACAGAUCGACAGCGCAAAUUUCAACUUGACCAUCGACCCCAACGCCCUUCAGCUUCUACAGGUUGUCAAAUAAUUAAAAACUUUAAGAAAGAAUGAAAUAAAUUUCAGUCGUUUUCUGAGAGUCUUCAGAAAAGUCUGGAGGCGACAGCCGCUGAACAGCCUUUCCUACAAGCUUGUACCGUAAGUCCCAACUUCUGUCAACCAAAAUUUUAGUUUUUUUUUAAAGAGCGAUGACGCUAGUAAGCUCAAAACCGACGCACAAAACUAUUACACGUAAGUAAGUUGAAUUUGGGUUGGAUAAAAAAAAGAUUAAUUCCCAGCAAAUUCAAUUUUUAAAAACAUUUCCGAUUUUGUCUGUUUUUUAUGAAAAGAUUUUUGAUAAGGGUCACGAAACGCUUUACAAAUUUGAGUUUACUCAAGUCUACUCAUUUCUAGAAAAUUUUCAAGGAAACAAAAACGAAGAUAUUCAAAGAAAAAAUUUAAGUUUUUCUUCAGACAAUUGACUGCAUUGACGGCUUCAACCAACGAACUAUAUAUCGACGUCUACAAUGUCAGCAACAGCAAUAUCGUAAGCUGGUUCUAACAAAGCAUUUCUUAAUUCUUAAAUUUUCUUUUAGUCGGGUAUUCUGAAAACGCAAAACGACGUCCAGUUCAACUUGGCUUACACCAGCAUCAACAGUUCUAUUAACGGUCUCAUUGUAAGCACGAAAACUGAUUCUCAUAUUAUUGAUAAAUUCAGUACGACUUAUCGAACAACGUCUUCAAAUGUCAACCGCUUUACCAGAUCUACGAAAACUCUGGCAACGUCAUCUGCCAGCAGUUCGGUGAACCUAUUCAUGGCAUCUGGGCAGCCGCUGGUGUGUUUUCUAGAAAUUAGAAGAACUGGGGCUUAGACCAGCUAAAGAGAAGUUUCAUAUAUUGGAAUGCUUUCGAGAAAAAGGAGUUUGUUAUACAAAAGAAAAAAAAAACGCAUAGCGGAGUUAGUUUGCGAAAAACUUGUUUUGAGGACUCGCGGCGAUCAUGUUCUUGCCCUUGGCGAUAGUUCUUCUGUGCACAUACCGCUGGCUGAGGAAACGAAGCGAUGUGGAGACGUGGCGCCAGGUGGGCGGCAAAAGGCUUUCGCGCCACGAAGUCGGCACUUUGCGCUCGAAUGCCCUUGACGAGUACGUCCCCAGCACCUAUCCCGAAAACUUGUGAGUAACUCGCAGUUCAGUCUUUUCAUAGACAGUGUUACUUUCCUUAAGUAAAACUAGUUUUUUUUUAGCUUUCCCAGAGCGUACGCCUCUGGUAACUCCGUCUACCCAGAAACACCGUGAGUUCAUUUAAAGGAAUAAUUUUCAUAGAGGUGUUCGAGAAGAAAUGUAUUGUUAUACUGACUCUGAGGCAGUCCCCGAAGAGUUAGCGAAACUCCAAGAAAUUUAAGUUCUGUUGAGUAUAAAAAUUGUUUCUACAAAUCUCUGCGAAACCAGGUUAUAUAUUGGCUUACACAAAUUGAAAGAAGUGGAUAUGAGAAAAGUCUAUUGUGCAGAUACUUCGACACGAUAACAACGCAACAACCAAUUCCCAGAAUAGAUACUUCGUACCCGCCGUGAGUUUUUCAUCCGUUUCCAACUCUAAAAAAGACGCUUGGACAGAGCGGACGAAGGGGAAAGAUGGAGGAGCGACGAGGCUUGGGGCAGCGACGAUUCAGAACGGCCGGCGCCUUCGGUCCAUGGCCUCCGAAGACGGUGACACCCGUAUAAAUACCUUGUUACUUUGUAAUUAAUUAUAAAUUAUUCGUCAUUCGAAAAGUGUUCAACAGGCAAUGAUUAGCAAGCGGAAUUCGAUCACAUUAAUCGACAGCCAGAUAAGGUUUUCUUUAUCGAUAAGAAGCUUAUAAUUUAUGGACCAGCUGCGGCGCACCCACUCUUCGAUUUGCUCUGCCACCGUUUCUUUUCCAAUAUCGAUUUUUUAAUGUUCGAAAUAUAGUAAAAUUACAAUCAUACAUAUUACGCUUGUAAUACGAUAUAAACAGCUCAAUUAAUUUCGCUGAAAAUAUUUCAAUGACAGAGCAGCCUAGAAAUGAAAAAAGCCGUCUGGAUUCUCGCGUUUGUUGUUGCUGUGUCAGCUUUCGACUCGCAGUUGAACUACGGUUGCAACUCCAAAAAGUGUACUUUCCAGUUCGUCCUUCCGGAGGUACGCUUAUCAAACUUCAAGUUUACGAGAACUACAUAAGGUUCUUUUUUUUUUGUUUCUUCCACUGCUGAAAACUGAAUUCGCAGCUUCAUAGCCGGAAGACUAUUUUCCUACAAAAGCUUUUGUACAUACUCACGUUGAAAAAGAGUUUCUCAAUCUUUUCAAGUUCCGAAUUUACCUGAAGCUAAUAUUUCAAAAACGUUUACCGAAGAUCAUUCGAAAGGAGAAAAAAUUCAACAUGAAAAUUAUCAAAGGAAGUAGCCCGAUACGUUGAUCCGGCAGUUCUCACGACUCAGCUGUCGCAAAUCACCAGAAAUCUCAACACUCUGACAAAUACUGUCGGAGCACUCGGCAAUGUGAGCAGCAACGCCGAUCAGUUCAACUCGGUAGGUAGAAAAUAUGACCAAAUGUAAUCCAUUUUUAUGCAGACAUUUUACGAGAAAGAAGGACCGGUGGAAAAUCAGAUAAAUCUGUUGGCGGCGUCUACGACCAACGCAAGCAGCAACGUCAACUCAACUCUUAAACGUGCCCAAGACGCAAAUGCGGGAGCCGCAAUGUUCCCGGACAUAAUUGCGUGCUUCAAGAACUCUUCAGCCCCUAGCUCACAAUGCCUUGCAGCGACGACGACGGUCGCACCGACGACAGUAAAGUUGACGACACUUCAGAGCUUAGGCACCACUGUCAAGUUCACCGGAUCCACGACGACUGGACCGACCGGUGGAACGACGAUCAGCCCUGGUGACGUCACAACUGGAACUCCUGUCACCGGAAAAACUUCAACUAUCACGCCAGCAGGAGGAUCUAGCACACAAUCUUCUACUGUCACAUCUGCAACAACCAUGUCUACCAAACAAACGACAGUAGCACCUGGGUAA